GUAAAGAAUAAACUGUAAAAAUUUGAAACAAUUCUCACAUAAAUGAUUUUACGAAAUAACUACCUUAAGCCGGCGCUCGCUUAUCAUGCCUGUCGGAUGGUUGAGUUAAAAUUCAAGUUGCACAAAACUCAAAGAAAAUAGGAUGCUGAUUUUUGUUUAAUUCAACGCUGUCUAUGAAACUAGCGCUCUUUGCGCUAUCAAAGUCAAGGUAAAAAAAUUAUUCAAAGAGUUUCAAUGACGGUGCAUUAUCGUCGCUCGAAGUUAUACAACGGCCAUGCAAUAAACUCGCCGAUAACGUGUAAACGAACAGACACGUGGCAUCGUAAAAUCGUCGUUUACGACAUGUUACCCUUGCCGUAUUAUCGGCUCGUCAGUCGUCUGACCUGCGUUAUCGUGCUCGAAUCGUGCCCACGAACGAAACGCGUGCACGACCGAUAGUCCAGCAUGUCAUUCAAUGAAACGUCGGUAUGCACCAUCGACCUGGUUUUCGUGAAUAUCGCGCGCCGCCGAAGAGAAUAGCGAGAAAAAUUCGUGGUCCCACCGAAUGGGCAGAUUGCUUCAUUUUCAUGAGAUGAAUCUCUCUCUUUCUCUCUCUCGUCCCGUAAUUCGAAACCGAAAGGGAUACCGUGAGUAUCUGCCGCUGCGGUCUGAUCGCGAGGAAGAAACUCGACCUCGUAAGACGAUCUCGAGGAACAAAUUGUAUCAUUAGCGGCGCAGCGCCGAUCGUGUCGAUCGCUGGAUGCUGGACGAACUGGGCAUGUUGACUAGAACGAUCACGUACAAUUCGAUGGUCCUCAGGCAGGGGAGAGGCUGCUCACCUUUCUUCGACCCAGGCACGUCGCUGGAUGAUUCACAUUUUGGUUCUCGCCGUGAUUAACAGCAGUUCCUGAACGAAUCUAAUCAGCGGGAGAGAGAGAAAGGGAGAAGAGAAAGAUAGCGGCUGUCCCGCGGCAUAAUUACGUAAUUUACGUUAUUUGUGUCCUGAAAUACAACCGUCGUCGUCAUCGCCGUCGUCGUCGUUGUCGGCGGCGCGAGUCUUAUCAUUCUCAAAGGAGAAUGGCUGUAUAUUCGCGGCAGCGAGUAUCACGCAGCCCUCAGUAGAAAGAUGAUAGAGGGCCAGGUGCAUCAACAUCCGGUACGAGUGCCGCCCGACAAGCCACAGUCGCUCCAGACUGCCAAUACCGGCGUCAAGUUCGAAAAUGAGCAAUGUAAGGAGCCCCUGCUUCCGGAGAAGCUGCACUCCCACAGGAUGACACCGACCGACGGCCGCUCGCGGACCACCUCCGAGUCGAAGGACACCACGACCACCGCCACCACUACCGCCAGCACCGCCACGAAUGGACAGGCGGCAACGGCGAACUCCACCGCCGAGGACUGCCUCGAGGUGACCAUCUUCGACGAGGGCGUCGACGGCGGCCGGUUGCCGGACGUCGUCGCCGAGAGCAAGCUCUAUGGCGUGACCGACGAGGACGAGCCGCUCGAGUCGUACUUGGCGAUCACCAUCCAGGUCUUCAUACCCUUCCUCAUCGCCGGUCUCGGCAUGGUGGGCGCCGGAUUAGUCCUCGAUCUCGUCCAACACUGGGUGGUCUUCGAGAAAGUCAACGAGCUUAUGAUUCUUGUACCGGCGCUUCUGGGGCUGAAGGGUAAUCUAGAAAUGACUCUGGCGUCGCGUCUCUCUACUCAAGCGAAUCUCGGACACAUGGACUUGCCGAAGGAGCAGUGGCACAUGAUCAUCGGGAAUCUCGUCUUAAUACAAUGUCAAGCGAUAGUGGUGGGCUUUCUGGGUUCCGUGGUGGCGAUCGUGAUGGGUGCCUUCCGCAACGGCACGGUCUCCCUGGACCAUGCCUAUCUACUGUGCGCCAGCAGCCUGGUCACCGCGUCCCUCGCCUCUUUCGUUCUGGGCCUUAUUACCGCGGGCGUCAUCGUCUUCUCCCGUCAUUGCCAUAUCAAUCCGGACAACGUGGCCACGCCGAUAGCCGCCAGCCUCGGCGACAUCACGUCGCUGGCACUCCUCUCGUGGAUCGCCACCAUACUCUACGAAAGCAUAGACAAGCAGGACUGGGUGGCACCCCUCGUCAUAGCCUGCUACGUCCUCGUGACGCCGCUCUGGGUGUGGAUCGCCAAGAAGAACAAGUACACCAACGACGUGCUCUACUUCGGCUGGACGCCAGUCAUGGUGGCCAUGCUGAUCAGCAGCUGUGGCGGUCUCAUACUGGAGUUUAUGGUGUCGCGCUUCGAGAACCUGACGGUGUUCCAGCCGGUCAUCAACGGCGUCGGCGGGAACCUGGUGGCCGUUCAAGCUAGCAGGAUAUCGACGGCGCUUCACAAACAAGCCGAACUUGGCACGCUUCUAAUCCCACCGGGCCACACGCACCCCGUCAUCUUCAUCACCCCAAUUGCCAAUUUCUUCGGGAAAGGUAUACACGCCAGAACCACGAGAGUCCUGAUGACGAUGGUGAUACCUGGCCACAUCAUCUUCAUUUACCUGAUCAAUUACAUGAAGGACGGCAACACGUCGAUGACGCCGCUCUUCGUCUUCGUUUAUCUCUGCGCGGCGAUGCUGCAGGUCGCGGCGCUCCUCUACAUCGCCUUCAUAAUGAUCCACUGGAUGUGGAAGCGAAAAAUUGAUCCCGACAACUCGGCGAUCCCGUAUCUGACCGCGAUGGGUGACUUGCUAGGGAUCAGCCUGCUGGCGAUUGCCUUCCAAUUUCUGUACCUGGUCGGAGAUCAAGAGUUCGACGCGCCCUGACCGUAGAAGUCGCACAUUAUAGCGUUCUCCGGCGGGCGGGACGCGCAAGUUAGAACUGUCGGACCGAAAGGGCAUUCCUACGAGGCUGUGGUCGUCUGAAAGUAUAUUCCACCAAAUCCAAAUCGUCGAUCUGCCAGUCCGCCGACGAGUCCCACGGACGGAUGGUCGCAAUGGUAUUACUUGACAAAGCAUUAAUAAUUCAUCACUUGUAUCCUGUGCGCUCGCCAAGAAUUAAUUUAUAAAGGCCGAUCGAGAGUGCCGUUCGUAUUUUUGCGAAAACCGGUCGAGUUUUAUUACCGUUGUCGACGCGAAUAUCUCGAUGCAUAAAUAAUUCAGAAAGGUUUUUGCGAAUGCAAGUUACAAAGUGACCGAUCGUUAAUACCUUGUCAAGUCGAGCGGGCGCGUACUCAGGUUUUAAUUAGCUACUAAUAUAUCAGAAGAUAAUACGAAGUCGGUAGCACGUGGCAAAUUAAUUCGUCGACUGUCUAGGAAUUACGAUUGUAUUUUAAAACAUCCCUCCGAACAAACCUAACUCCGGAAUUCAAGCCUAAAGUUCGAGUGUUAAUUUCCUCAAGAUUAAGCAAGUAUCGAGCAACGGCGAUAAUUUUGCGAAAUCUCCGGCAAUAUGUAUCUGAUGAAAUAUCGAGCGCGUAACACAAAGCCUAAGAUUCGCAAGCUUCGGAACUCGAGGAUUUCAAGAACCUAGAGCACACAAUUCUUCGGUGUAUUACGAGCGAAAACUUGGAGAACGGAUAUUGUGCGCCGUAUUUUCUAAGAGCGGUCGGAAAUAACUUACGAAGUUGCGUAUUGAGUUACAAUCGCGAGGAUUGCAAUUUAACGCCAGGUCGCUGUAAUUCAUUUGUUCCUCGGGCUCGGCGAGAAUUCUGGUUCUUCCACGGAACACGGCGUAAGUAAAGAAAGCACGUGUAGUAAUACCAACGCGUAUGUGUCUUCGAAUAGUUGCCUUCGUAUACGAUGAAAUUUAGAUAGGUAUUUAGAAGCUGCCACACGACCUAUUUUUGGAAGCUUUGGAGAAGCUCUCGGAGAUUUAUUCGAGCUUGACACGCUCGCCGCAUCAAGUUCCACGUUUUAGCUCUUGCGGCGCGUUUAAUCGGAAUUUGGUCUUCCUUACGCGAAUAACUAGUUCCAAGAUUUUUCAAUCUUCUGAAUUAUUCAUCAAUAGUAUGCGGAACGUCUUUCGGAUCUAGAGAAAUCGCCUGAAAGAGAUAGAAUAUGCAUUACAUCGGGCUAAAAGUUGAACCGAUGACGCGAGUCAUCGCGAAUACGAGAGCCAGCGAAGCCCCGCGCGACAAGCGAUUCACUAGCGCGAUUAUUUAACGAAUGUAUUUAUCGAAGACUCGAGCGGAUUCUGGAGAUUUUCCGGGGAAAAAUCGGAAUACGAACGCGAUGGUUGGAAGCCCAGCGUCUGAAGCUGACAUAGAGACGAGUGCGCAGUUAUUAAGAAAAUUAAUCCACGAAUUCGACUCGAUCGAUAGUAUCGAGGUGUCGUUAGUCGAUUGGAAAGUCCGCGCGAAGGGGCGCAAGAAGGAUGAGCCUUGGCGAAAUUGCGCACGAAUAGCGUCGCUUCGAGGGGAGAGCGCGAUGAGCGGCGGUUUGAAAACCGAUUGCAUUUAGGUGUUAACGUCCCGUUGACGAUCACCUCUGACGUCGUGCGAACGAUUUAACUCGCACCUCAACGCGAUUGCAACACGUAGUACAACGCGCUUUUGUGUUCAGAGAGAUUUGAAGCGAUACUCGGGUCGAUAAUUUAAUUUCCCUCGGCGCGUCUGUCGCAGCUCAAUGCGGACGAUACGCUGUAUAGUAUUGUAAAUUAGGAUAUUUCGCGAAGAAAGGGGGGGAAGGAGAGGAACGAGGUGGCGUCGUGUUAUAUCUCCGUGUACAUAUUAACCGUGUAACGCGCGUCUUUUACCCGCGUUACGUGUAUUACUAGGCGCCGCCGAAGUCGGGGACUAAUAUUUAGUCUUCGCGACAGGGGAGAGGGUUUCACGUCCAAGUCGACAUCGCCUUUCGGCCCACACAUGUUCAGUAUUAUCGCUUUUACGACGUUGCCGGGAGCCGCCGAGACACGGCGGGCGAUAUUCCAAUUUCGCCGACAGAACAUCCCGCUUCUUCGGCACGAGUGUGUCCUCUCGCAAACUGCGUUCGGGACGAUCCGAUCAAGAAUUCGGUUGCUUGCGCUAGUGCACACUCGGGCUCGUUUACAGUUCAUUCUUAUGUUUAAGAAUUAUUUUUAGUACCUCUUGAACGGCUUCUUGGCUAGUAAAAUGAUCCGCACAGCAUCCGUACGAAUCGCUUUUUGGCCAGAUGAGUUUUUGAACGUGUAUUUAAGAUUAUCAUAAAUAUAAGAACUGACUCUGAACAAACCUUAUAACGAAUUCGGUUGCUUGCACUAGUGCGCACCGAGUGCUUGUUAAGCUUGUUUGCAAUCGAUUCUUAUAUUAAAAAGUCGUCUUAAAUAUCUCUUGAAAUAUUUUCUAACUUGGUCCAAGUCCUAGCAUCG